AUGGGAAAUAAUACCCUAACCAAGAACUGGUGGUUAUCAAAACCAUUAGAAUGGGACGCUUGGAAAGUCGAAUUCAAGAAACAAGCAAGAAUCUACGACCUUUGGGACUGGAUCAAUCCCGAGAAUAUUGAUGAUGAAGGCAAUCCAAUUUACCCCCUAUUGCCCAAACCAGAACCACCAGCUAAAUCAGCAUAUAACCGACAAAGUGGUCUCCCAGUCAACACCAACAAUGAUCAACAUCCAGCUAGACCUGGCACAUCCGUUGAAAGACUUCCAAGAGUACUCGAUGCAAAUAUUCCCGUACAAUAUUCAACAAGAGAAAAUCAGCAGCUUAACAAGUUCAUGGCAACAACUGUAUCUAAGCCGUACUAUGAGAUAUCGUCAGCUGCGGAUGGUACUAUGCGAGAUACGUAUAUCAUGUUACGAGCAAACUUAGAAAACCAAGAUACCGCCUACAUUGAAGUUACAUGCAAAUAUAAGAAGACCGUGGCGCCCCUCUCAGAGCCUCCCGAAAGUUGGGAAGCUUGGAUUGUAAACUGGCAUACCACAAUCCAAAAGGCUUUAGCACUAAGCAUCCCCUGCGUCAGGGAUCCAAAGGCGUGGUUCUCUGACCUUGUAAAGGCCCUCCAGCCGGUAAUUCCCCAAUGGAUAAAUACGGUGGCACCGGUACUAGAAUCGGGAGUAACCUCAGGGACAUUCACAUACUACAUGAUUGCACACAUGCUGAGGGAACGCCUGUGUAUGCACAGAAUCAGCGAAAACGAUGACUCGGAACUCGAGGAUAACAAACCCCAGACCUGGAGAACGUUACACCUACCAGCACAGCCGAAUCGACGCCAAAGCAGUUUUAACAAGCGAAAGCGGGCUAACACCGGAUCCCAACAAGGCACGAGAUGGCGAAGCCCUCAACGUUCCAGGGUAUGA